AGGAAUUACUCUAGCAUGUUUUCACAUUGAGACACUGUUUGUGACUGGAUGGAUGUAUCUUUAGUUUUGUUUCAUUUCAUUUUUUAUUCAUUCUUUUUUGGCUGGGGGAGAAGGUAGAUGGGAUGUCUUUUUGUGGCAUUUUAUGAAACUUAACUGGACCUGUCAGACACGGUCUGUUUGCGUCGGUGUUGGAUUUAACUUAACUUCUUAUUUUACUGCACGCGUUCCUGAAUUGUUCGCUAAUUGGCAGAGAAAACAUGGCAAUUUACGUACAGGGUCUGAGUAACGUUGGAGUGGCCAACACAGGGAUGGCUCAGUUCCAGCAAAUGAUGCGGCAGCAGCUGGAGACCUCCAUGCACACCGAGCUGGAGAAGCUGCUGGACACCACCACAGAGGCCGAGAGAGAGGUGUUCAAGAAAGACUCUGAGGGCUUCACAAAUCUUUUCCACAGAUUCCUGCAGGUGAAGGGGCCUUCAGUGGAGUGGAUUAAGAUACAAAGACCUCCAGAAGACUCAAUUCAGCCCUAUGAUAAGAUUGCUGCUCGAGGCCUGCCCGACAAUGUGGCAGACAGUCUGAACAAACUGGUGGUGGUGAAGCUGAAUGGAGGCCUGGGCACCAGCAUGGGAUGUAAGGGCCCCAAGAGCCUGAUCAGCGUCCGCAAUGAGAACACGUUCCUGGACCUCACCGUGCAACAGAUAGAGCAUCUGAACAAGACUUACAACACAGACGUGCCCCUGGUCCUCAUGAACUCGUUCAACACGGAUGAGGACACAAACAAAAUCCUGCAGAAGUACAGGCACCACCGCGUGAAGAUACACACUUUUAACCAGAGCAGGUACCCUCGCAUUAACAAGGAGUCCCUCCUUCCUGUGGCCACAAACCUGGGCACGAAUGGGCAAAACACAGAAGGCUGGUACCCUCCAGGCCACGGCGACAUCUACGCCAGCUUCUACAACUCGGGCUUGUUGGAUCAGCUGAUCAAACAGGGCAAGGAGUACAUCUUUGUGUCCAACAUUGAUAACCUGGGGGCCACUGUUGACCUCCACAUCCUGCACCACCUGGUCAGCCAGUCCAACUCCAAGCGCUGUGAGUUCAUCAUGGAGGUCACAGACAAGACACGUGCUGACGUCAAGGGUGGCACUCUGAUCGAGUAUGAAGGAAAACUGCGUCUGCUGGAGAUCGCCCAGGUGCCCAAGGCCCAUGUGGACGAAUUCAAAUCUGUGACAAAGUUUAAAAUCUUCAACACCAACAACCUGUGGAUCUCUCUGGCUGCUAUCAAGAGGCUGCAGGAACAGAAGGCAAUGGACCUGGAGAUCAUAGUCAACCCCAAGACGCUGGACGGUGGACAGAACGUCAUCCAGCUGGAGACGGCGGUCGGAGCGGCCAUCAAAUGCUUCGACAACGCCAUGGGGAUAAAUGUACCUCGCAGCCGCUUCCUGCCCGUCAAGACCACGUCGGACCUGCUGCUGGUUAUGUCCAACCUGUACAGCCUGGACGCCGGCUGUCUCACCAUGAGCCCGAAGAGAGAGUUCCCCACGACCCCACACGUCAAGCUGGGCAGCUCCUUCACUAAGGUUCAGGAAUAUCUGAUCCGCUUCGAGAGCAUCCCCGACAUGCUGGAGCUCGACCACCUGACGGUGUCCGGAGACGUCACCUUUGGGAAGAACGUGUCGGUCAAGGGCACCGUCAUCAUCAUCGCUAACCACGGAGACCGCAUCGACAUCCCCGCCGGUUCAAUGCUGGAAAACAAAAUUGUCUCCGGCAACCUCCGCAUAUUGGACCACUGAGGCCUUUUUCACCCCCAAACCCAUCAUGUGAUCUCACUGGCUUUAUCCCAGUCAUGUGACCUGUUCAUUUCUUUGUUGUUGUUUGUUUUUGUCUGACAUGAGCUGAGCGUGAGAGGCAGUGGGACGUGUGUGAGUGCAUGUGCAGUGCUUUUCUGCACUCUCAUCGUGCACAGCUGUUCUGUUGGGACCGUGUAAAGCCCUCUACAGGCUCUUUAUUAAUAAUAUUAUACGUUUACAUUAUAUGAUGAUAAUAAUAAUAAUACCAUUUAUUUUAGCUGUCACUUUACAUAAUGACUUAUAUUCAUGAUGCAGAAAAACUAAAUCUAGAUUUGAUUUUAUAUUCUAGAAAAUGAAGCCUACCAAUAAGUAGAAAAAUAGAUUGAAUUUAUUAAAAUGCAGUAAUAAGACUGCACAGUUUCAUCCUCCUCGUUAUGCACUCGCAGCACUGCUAAUGUAAUCACACCGUGUACUGUAACUGUACUGUACUGCAGCCACUGAGGGGAAAGUUUUUUUUUUCAAGCUCAAAGAUUUCACUCCAUGAUUCAUGGUUCUACACUUUAAGUGAAAUCAUGUUUCGUAUCAUUUUAGCAGUUGUUCUUCCCGUUUGACUCGUCAGUGUUUAAAUAUUCCUGCUUAGACAAGUGUAGAGACAAAGACGUGACUGUGUAUUUGGGAAUAGAGCAAGGAAACAUUUGAAAAGGCGUUGAUACAAAUUGUCCUAUCGUUUCCAGACGGAAGUAUCUGGAUAUUUCACCUGCGGUUCUGCACAUAAACAAAAAAAAAGUCCAAAUAUCACAAAAAGCUUCUUUGAGGGGGAAAAUGUUGGAGAAUCAGUCAAAGAAAGAAAGUGAGCAGCCACAACUCUAACGACGGUAGUUGAUGGUUCUUUAAGACCAUGAAGAAUUACAAAGAAGUGUGAGACUGUUGAUUAGCAGACAAAAGCCAAAGAAAGAUCAGGAGAGACAAAACCGUCUGAAGUCACAGUGAAAGAUUGAGUGCUGAUACGUGUGAAAGGAAUACAUUCACACCAAUGUACAGGUCCAAGAAAUAAUCAAAACAUGAUGAAUGAGAAACUGAGAGUGACCACACUCACCGCUGUCAGUGCAGCAAUCAAACAAAAGAAGAAAAACAAGUGACGGAAUAUUAACGAGACAUAGAAAACAAACCAAACAAACAGCUUAAAUGUAUUUAAAAUGAUUUUUUUUUAUUAUCCUAUUAAAUCUUGACUCGUUACACAAAGUCAAUCUCACUCUCAGAGUUAGACAACAUCCGGACGACUCAGACUAUGACGUAACAUGAGGUGACAUGAAGGUGCACGCGCACGUGAAAAAUCACCACAAUCACAAAAACCACGCCGCUCACAGAAUAACGGCACACGGAUCAUUUGUAGAACCAUGAAGAAAUCAAGGCUACAAAGAAAUGAAUUUGUAAACUUCUUCCAAAAGCACUGUUAACUGUGACUUGUACAUUACAGAGUGGACAACAUAAUCCCACUUGGUAUUUCAUUACGUGGAUGAAAAGCCUGCAGGGGUUUGUGCCACAGGAGAGACUUACACAUGUUGUGUCUGUCUCUUUGUUCUGCCCUGUCACGGACCUUAUCCUGUAUUAGAACCAUGAUUUUAUGUAACAGUUGAAGGUUCAAAUGCACUGUGCCAUUAUGAUGAAGAACAGAACACAUUGUGCAUUGUUAUUAUUAUUAUUUUUUUGGUUUUAUCCGGUAUGUGUGUUCACAUUUUAAGCCUCAUGUUGUGUGAAACCAUGUGCCUCCAUUCCAGUGUCAGACCUCUCACUCUGUUCCAACUCCACUCACACAAAGCAAGGAGGGACAUUUUAAAAACGUGUACAAUAAGUUUCAGUCUGGGAAAACUUCAGAUGGGUCCGACGUGUGUGUGUGUGUGUGUGUGUGUGUGUGUGUGUGUGUGUGUGUGUGUGUGUGUGGGGACCAGGAGCCUGAAAGCAAUAAGUGUUGAUCUGUGACAGUGUGGAGGUUCCAGUCCAGCUCCGCCUCUUAACACAGCUGAAUAAAGUGCAAUAUGAAAUCA